AUGAACCUGAAUACAAGCAACCACGAAGACUGGAAGAACCUUGCGCGGGAAUGCGCACAAGGCGCUAUCUACGACUCGUCCGAACGUCUGCCUCAUUCCAAGUGUCUUCCGAAUACGCGAGUCUCCAGCGAGUCCGGGUCCGGCAAGUCGACGAUCAUGCACACGCUGGCGGACGAGCUCCGUCAGGAGGGCACGCUCGCCGGUACCUUUUUCUUUUCCAGGAAGCAUACCAAGCGCAGCACGUUCGAGCGCGUCAUCCUCACGUUUGCGUAUCAGCUUGGUUUGCAGCACCACUUCGCCCAGGAAGUUAUCAUGAAAGCCAUCCACGAUGACCCCGCUCUCCUCUCCUCUGAGAAGUCGCCUCGCGAUCAGCUUGAGAAACUCGUCAUUGAGCCUCUGCGAGCGAUGGCGCACAUCUGGAAAGACAAGGGUGGCGCCUCGCUCAUUCUCGAUGCUCUAGACGAAGGUACUUCCGACGGGACCCACCACAUUGUCUCCUUCAUUCGCCUCCUCCUCCUCCUCAUCCGCGACGACCCCCUACCCAUACCCGUCCAAAACAUAUUUAUUUCUAGCAGGCUGUGGUCAGAAAUCCGUAGCAUAAUGCAUGACAGCUCUCAUCAAGGCCUUGUGCGGACGGUGUUACUGGAGCAGUAUGACUCCCAAGAGGACGUACAUAUUUAUUUUCAGGAGAGGUUCAGGCGCAUAUACGAGGUGCAUGAGCUUUCCUGGCUGGUUGAUCAGCCUUGGCCGUCUGACGACGUCGUCGCAAUGCUACGCGAAUGAGCUAAGGGACGCUUUAUAUUCGCAGCCACCAUAGUCCGCUUCAUUGAUCAGGCCCAACCUCAAGAUCGACUUGAACUCGUACGCAGCAUGCUAUACGUUGACGUACAACAGACGUGGGG